UCUUCAGUCUUGAUAAUACGACCGAGCGGGGCGUCCGGCCAGCCAGUCCAGCAGUUCACCAGCGUUAUCGUUGUCGUUGUCCACCCGCGUCCCUGUAUCCCACACACAAUCCAAUGUCUACGUCUACGUCUGCGUCCACUUUGCCUUCUUCGCUGCUUUACGCGAUUUAAGUCUUACAGUUAUUUUUGUUCACUCUAUAAUAACGGUUGUUUGCGUGUGCUGCGUGUGCGAAAGGGAGGAAGCGAUUAUUUAAUUUACUAGCUAGAAUUUACCCGCGUGUGAGAACGAACAGCAGUUGUGUGUGUCUGUGUGUGUGCGUGUGUGUGCAAGUGGAACCGCAUCGAAAUUCCAGAUAUUAUACAAUAUGUCACCGUGGAGAAUUGAAGUUUUGAGAUUUUAGCGGAACACCAUAACAGAGCAACCAGAAACAAAGGUCAAGCCCGAUAUCCGAUAGCCGGAGUGGAGCGAUUGCCUCUGUCUGGCCCGGCCUGGACUCUCACUCUCACUCUCUCUCUCACACCGAAGUCGAUUUACCCGAUCCAAGUUCAACGGUGCAUUUGCAUUCUCUCUUCUAAAGUUCUUUUCACGCUCUCUCUCUCUCGCUGUCGUCUCUCUUGAAUCUGUUAUCAGUAGUGCAGUAGCAACAACAAAAACAAAAAUAGCAAAAAUGGGUUGCACCGGCGGCUAUUUGUCGGAGGCUCAUUUGCGGGGCUUCGAGCGUUACAAGUACAACUGCAUAGACACUGGCUUUGUCAGCGUCUAUAUAAUGCAUCCAUUCUGGAACUAUUGUGUAAAGUUCCUGCCCAAAUGGCUGGCACCCAAUCUGCUCACCUUUGUGGGCUUCCUCAUGACUGUAGUGAACUUCAUUCUGAUCUCCUACUACGACUGGGACUUUAAGGCCGCCAAUGACAAGACGAUCGGCAAUACAGUGCCCGCCUGGGUGUGGACUGUGGCAGCCAUAAACAUAUUGAUUUACUACAAUUUGGAUGGCAUGGAUGGCAAGCAGGCGCGUCGCACCGGCACUAGUGGACCCCUGGGCGAGCUGUUUGAUCACGGACUGGACUCCUAUUCCGCAGCACUGAUACCCAUAUAUAUCUUCUCGCUAUUCGGCACCCAAGAUCUGCCGCCCAUCCGCAUGUUCUUUGUGAUAUGGAACGUCUUUCUCAAUUUCUAUUUAACGCAUGUGGAAAAGUACAAUACGGGCGUGAUGUUUCUGCCCUGGGGCUAUGACUUCACCAUGUGGGGCGUGAGCGGAAUGCUCUUUCUGGCCACUGUUUUUGGUCCGGGCAUCUAUCGUUUCAGCAUGUACGGCAUUACGAUUGCGAAUGUUUUUGAGUUUACGCUGAUUGGAUCCGGCAUGGUUUCAAGUCAUCCCAUUAUAGCCAGAAAUAUCUAUCUCUCGUACAAGAACAAGACUGGCAAGAUGCGGCCCAUGUGGGAGAUGCUGCGCCCCUUCUUUGCCUUCGUCUGGCUGUUUGUGAUCACCGUCAUCUGGUCGUUCUGCUCACGUAAUAAUGUGAUUAACCUGGAGCCACGCAUUCUCUGGAUACUCUAUGGCACCAUCUUCUCCAACAUAGCCUGCCGUUUGAUUGUGGCCCAAAUGUCGGAUACCCGUUGCGAUGGCUUCAAUGUGCUCAUGUGGCCCCUGGCGGCCACUGUGGGUGUCUGCUGUUUUCCCUACUACGAGCAGGUGUUUGGACUGGAUCUCACGGCAGAUGGGGAGCGUUGGAUAGUCCAGGGACUGACCAUAUUCGCUACCCUAGCCCACUGGCAUUAUGGCUAUGGUGUGGUCUCUGAAAUGUGCAAUCACUUCCAUAUUCGAUGCUUCAAAAUCACAAAACAAGCGACUGUCAGCGCGGAGCAGGAACUGCACCAGGAGGAGCAGCAGGAGUCCAAAGCCAUUGAGCCCACGGAAACGGAAAACGUUGAAGAAGUCUAAUCCAACCUGUCGACUCGCUACACAAUUUUUGCCUUUUGUGUGUUUUGUUUUCCUCAAUUCUUAAGCAAUGUUCAAAGUGUCUGUAGGUUAAGAAGUAUGAAAUGGCAAUGAAAAAUAUAAUUGUUAGUCGAAAAAGUGA